AAGGAGCGCGCCUGGAGCAGCCGAGGGGCGCCCAUGGAAAGCGGCCCGGGGCAGGCGAGGGUGAAAGAGCCCGGGCGGCGGUGAAAAAGGAGCGGACGGCGCUGCGGCAGCAGGCAGGAGCAAACGCCGGAGCCGGGAGCCAGCAGUCCGGGUAGAGGUCAACAGCCAUGGGUUCCGUGGGAGGAAACCACCACGUCAAGGAGGGAAGUCCAGUGGUGACACCUGAAGGGAACAUCGUGAUGAGCUUUAGUUUUGACAGCUACCAGCUGGAAGAAGAAGAGCUGCAGGAGAAGACAGGUCAUACCAAAGGAGUCCUCACGUUCAUGGAACCAGUCUGUGAAAACCCUGAUCCUCAAGAUCGUUACCAUGGAAUCUACUUUGCCAUGCUUCUAGCGGGUGUUGGUUUUCUUUUGCCUUACAACAGCUUUAUCACAGAUGUUGAUUACCUUCAUCACAAAUACCCAGGGACUUCGAUUGUGUUUGACAUGAGCCUGACCUACAUUUUAGUAGCCUUGGUUGCGGUCCUUCUCAACAACGUCCUGGUCGAAAUGCUGAGUCUUCACACCAGGAUCACUGUGGGGUAUCUCUUUGCUUUGGGUCCUCUUCUCUUUGUGAGCAUGUGUGAUGUCUGGCUUGAUCUCUUCUCCCAGCACCAAGCUUAUGCGGUCAAUCUUAUGGCGGUAGGCGUGGUGGCCUUUGGUUGCACAGUGCAGCAAUCCAGUUUCUAUGGUUACACCGGGAUGCUGCCGAAGCGGUACACUCAAGGAGUGAUGACGGGAGAAAGCACUGCCGGAGUCAUCAUCUCCUUGAGUCGCAUCUUCACCAAGCUUCUUCUGUCUGAUGAGAAGGAGAACACCAUGAUCUUCUUUUGCAUCUCCAUUAUACUGGAGCUCUCUUGCUUUGUCCUCCACCUCGUGGUGAAACAAACCUACUUUGUGAGGUAUUACACCUCCCGAUCCCAGGCCGGGGCCUCUGAGUUGAAAGGGCCGAUGGACAACGGCAUCAGAUACAGAGUCCACCAUGACGUCACAGCAGAAGACAUCCGAUUUGAGAAUCGGCUGCCCAGACAAAAUGCGUCUCCUCCCGACACCUUUGGAGAUGCAGAUGAGCUGGCUGCAAGUGGCACCUACGUUAGAUUUGACGUCCCUCAACCUGAAAUAAAAAGGAGUUGGCCAAGCUUCAGAGACAUGAUGCUCCAUCGCUCCAUCGUCUCUCGCCUGAUCUGGACCUACAUGCUCUCCAUCGCCGUGACUUACUUCAUCACGCUGUGCCUCUUCCCUGGGCUGGAAUCGGAGAUCCGGAACUGCACUUUGGGGGAAUGGCUGCCCAUCCUCAUCAUGGCCGUCUUCAACCUUUCCGAUUUCGUGGGCAAGAUUUUGGCGGCGUUGCCUUAUGACUGGAGGGGAGCCCACCUCCUUCUCUUCUCCUGCCUGCGAGUGGUCUUCAUCCCUCUGUUUAUCCUCUGCGUCUACCCCAGCGGGAAGCCCACCUUUAGCCACCCAGCCUGGCCCUGCAUCUUCUCGCUCCUGAUGGGCAUCACCAACGGCUACUUCGGCAGCGUCCCCAUGAUCCUGGCGGCUGGGAAAGUGAGCCCCGAGCAGCGGGAAUUGGCAGGUAACACCAUGACGGUGUCCUACAUGACAGGGCUGACACUGGGCUCCGUGGUAGCCUACUCUGCCUACAGCCUGAUCAGCACUUCUCCAAGUUCCUGUCUCUACCCAGGGAACUACACUGCCUCGGUCCUCGAUGGGAACUGACCAGACCAUCAGUGGAGCGCUUGACGUCUAGGCACGGCCAGGCAAGAUGGCGGGGUAGGGGGAAAGAGAGCCUGUGACUCGAUGCCCCCCUGCAGGCACAGCCCUAGAUCCUUCAGGAUCCGCAUGGAAAAAUCCAAGCCACAUCUUUACCCAAUGACCAUGUGUAGGAUACCCAUAUACCCAUACUCGCGUGGGUAUGACCCUUCUACGCAGGUUGCGUCGUUCCUGUUCGUUCCAGCCAGAUUUGAGCAGGACGUUUCUUUUCUCCAGUGGAUCAUUGCGUGUCCCCUACAGCUAUCCCUAGCAGCUCUCAAAUCCAUCGGUCAGAAUAGCAUCUUGCCCAUGUCAUGAAAGAGACAUCCUUUAACUGUCUCUUCCUUACCGUAUUUUUCGGAGUGUAAGACGCAGCUUAAUUUUUGGGGAGGAAAAUAGGAAAAAAAAUAAAUCUGCCUACCAGGGAUUCAUUUAGUCUGGUCAGCUUCAGCACAUUCGUUUGCUAGUUUUUUUAUCCCCUGCUUGGGGAUAAAAAAAACAGCUUCUGCACAGCUGAGAGGAAGCAGCAAUGAGAAAAGCAGGCAAAGCACGGGGGAGAUCCCUUCACUCGGCUAGCGCCUAGUUAGGGCUGAAAAAAGCUUCUAAAGAACAGCUGAGAGUCGGAGCAAAGCAUGGAGAUCCCUUCACUCGGCUAGCGCCUAGUUAGGGCUGAAAAAAGCUUCUAAAGAACAGCUGAGAGUCGGAGCAAAGCAUGGAGAUCCCUUCAUUCAGGUAGCACCUAGUUAGGGCUGAAAAAAAGCUUCUAAAGCACAGCUGAGAGUCGGAGCAAAGCAUGGAGAUCCCUUCACUCGGCUAGCGCCUAGUUAGGGCUGAAAAAAGCUUCUAAAGAACAGCUGAGAGUCGGAGCAAAGCAUGGAGAUCCCUUCACUCGGCUAGCGCCUAGUUAGGGCUGAAAAAAGCUUCUAAAGAACAGCUGAGAGUCGGAGCAAAGCAUGGAGAUCCCUUCACUCACUAGCAUCACGUUAAAGCACAGCGGAGAGUUGAGGGAGCAGGCAAAGCUGGGAAGAUUGCUCAUUAGCGCCUCGUUAGGACUGAAAAAAAGCUUCAGAAAAAGCUACAUUUGGAGUAUAAGAUGCACCCACAUUUUCAAUCUCUUUUGCGGGGGGGAAAGGUGCAUCUUAUAUUCUGAAAAAUACGGUAGUUUUUGGUGUUUUUUUUUUAAAGACAGCUGCUCCGUCAACAUUUGGAAGGCACAAGUCCGUCUCCCGUGAAAAGGUGAAUUCCCAGAUUUUGAGACAGGCUGAGGUAGAGGGAUUUUUGCACAGGGCCCGCUGGGGUUUUAGGGUGCAAAGGAGAAAAAACGGGGUGAAAAACGUUUUUGGAGGUCGAAUCAUGGCAACCGGAAUUGAUUUUCCUUGUUCGUUUGACAUGUUUCGCCGCUCCGCCAAGCAGCUGUAAUCAGUCGUAGCAAGUUACCGGUAGUCCUUGAAUUACGACCUCAAUGGAGCCCAAACGUUCCGUUCCCAAGCGAGACAUUUGUCAAGUGAAUUUUGCCCCGUUUUAAGUGUAUCAUGGCAGUGGAUAACCUGGUUGUUAAGUGAAUCUGGCUUCCCUAUUGACUUUUCUCGACAGAAGGUCACAAAAAGGAAAUCACGUGACCCCCGGGAUGCAACAGUCAUAAAUAUAAGUCAAUUGCCAAGCGUCCGGAUUUUGAUCACCUGAACGUGGGGACGCAGCAAUGGACAUAAGUGUGAAAAAUGGACACAAGUCACUUUUUUCAGUGCCGUUGUAGCUUCUAACAGUCCAUAAAUCAACUGUUGUAUGUCGAAGACUACCCUGUAAUGCUAUUUUUCCCUUGCUGGAGCUACAGCUAACACAACCUCCAUACCAAGUCCCUUCAACCAGGGCUUGUUAAAUUAAAAUCCAAAUUACAGACGGAAGGUCUUGUUUUUGCACGGAAAGAACCCCAAAGCAGGUGUAGGAGAGGCUUUUCCUGCCAUACUCCACUCUUCAUAUUUAAAAUACGACCUGUUUUAAUUGCUCUUCCAUUUAAAAAGAGAGAGAGAUACCUCCUGCAUAAAUAGCACGCAGGGGAGGAUUCUAAUCUCUCUUUAAGUUUGUCCAUGGGACAUUCGCGGAUGAGAUUCUACGUAUAUCUCGUAAAUUACGUUGAAAAAGCAGCAGCUCUGUUGUGUAGGCUGACCUAAGAAGCCAAGAGCCAUGUUGUACUCAUGUUGUACCAUGCUGAAACCAAAGACCAGAAACCCA